AUGUCCUCCGUUGCAUCAGAGCUACGAGACCAACCCAAAACCUGGACAAAGGGAGAAUACUUGGUCUCAACCGACUCAUCCCUAAUCCCCAUCGCAACCCUAAACGCCUGGUACGCCAGAGAAGAAUUAUACUGGACAAAGCCCCUGCCAGAGCUCGCAAUGCGCGAAACACUACAAAACUCGCUCUGUUUCGGACUAUACCACAAAUCAAGCCCAAACCAAAACCAGCCAGAGAACGACGACUCACUUGAAUUCGUCGGCUUCGCACGCUGCAUAACAGACUACACAACCUUCCUCUUCUUGACAGAUGUCUUUGUCCUUCCCUCUCUCCAGGGCCUUGGUCUGGGAACAUGGCUUAUAACCUGCGUGCAGGAGGUUGUUAAGUCCAUGCCCUAUCUGCGGAGAUCGAUGCUGCUUACUGGGGAUUGGAAGCGGUCUGUGCCGUUUUAUAAGAAGAUUAUGGAUAUGGAGCUCAUGGUAUGUAAUCCUCCAGUUGAGGGGAAGGAGGCAGUUGGUUUUGCUGUUAUGCAGAGGAAGUCUUUUGGUGCUCCUGGGUUUGUGGGAGAGCCCUAG